AUGGAGGUUGUACUUGAUUGGAAACAACCUAAACAUGUUGCUAAGAUCCACAAUUUUAUGGGUCUUGCGGGCUAUUACCGGAUAUUUGUCGAGGGGUUCUCAUUAAUUGCAGCUUCUCUAACUAAGCUAUUGCGUAAGAACACCCCUUUUAUUUGGUUUUAUGAGCAACAAUCAAGUUUUGAAAAGCUCAAAUCUGUUUUGACUCAGGCUCUUGUUCUGGUACAGCCCGAAUCUGGUAAGGAGUUCAUGGUUUAUAGUGAUGCGUUGCAUGUCGGUUUAGGGUGUGUUCUGAUGCAAGAUUGUAAGGUUGUGGCUUAUGCAUCCUGA